AUGUCUUCGACCAACAUCAAGGUUGUCUGCAGGUUUCGACCUCCCAAUGCUCUCGAACUGAGAGAGGGCGGCGAUAUUGUCGUCGCCUUCGAUGAUUCCUUCACAACCGUACAGAUGAAGAACUCCCAGGCAAUCUCAGGCCCGGAGAAGGCUGGUUUCACGUUCGACAGGGUCUUCCCUAUGGGCACCCAGCAGCACGAAGUCUUUGACUAUGGCGUGAAAGACAUCGUAAAGGAUGUCUUGGACGGAUACAAUGGCACUGUCUUCGCGUAUGGUCAAACUGGUAGUGGAAAGACAUUCACGAUGAUGGGUGCCGACAUCGACUCGGAAGAUUUGAAGGGAAUCAUACCACGCAUAACGGAGCAAAUCUUCCAGUCCAUUGUAGAGUCAGAGUCACAUCUCGAAUACGUUGUCAAGGUGUCCUACAUGGAGAUCUAUCUCGAGCGCAUUCGCGAUCUUCUCGCACCCCAAAACGAUAACCUGCAAGUGCAUGAGGAGAAAUCAAAGGGCGUCUAUGUCAAGAACCUGUCAGAUUACUACGUGAGCAGUGCGCGAGAGGUGUACGAAAUCAUGCGUCAAGGUGGUGCUGCUCGUGUUGUCACGUCGACUAAUAUGAACGCCGAGAGUUCACGAUCACAUUCCAUCUUCCUCAUUACGAUCCAGCAACGAAAUACUGAGUCUGGUGCUCUGAAGACCGGUAACCUCUAUCUCGUCGAUCUGGCUGGUUCCGAGAAAGUCGGUAAAACUGGCGCGUCGGGUCAGACCCUCGAGGAAGCGAAGAAGAUCAACAAGUCUUUGUCUGCGCUUGGUAUGGUCAUCAAUGCACUUACUGACAGCAAAGCCAAACAUAUCCCUUAUCGUGACUCGAAGCUUACGCGUAUUCUGCAAGAAUCUCUUGGUGGUAACUCACGGACAACUCUCAUCAUCAACUGCUCACCGUCGGUGUAUAACGAAUCUGAGACGUUGGGCACUCUCCGGUUCGGUAUCCGUGCAAAGUCUAUCAAGAACACUGCCCGUGUCAAUGCCGAGCUUUCCCCACUGGAACUCAAGGGUCUGCUUUCGAAAGCAAACAUUGCAAACACCAAGCACCAGACGUAUAUCCAAGCCCUCGAGGCCGAGCUUGCUAUAUGGCGUUCUGGUGGACAGGUCGACCAGGCAGACUGGACAACCGCUGAUAAGCCGAUUGCGCCCAAGAAAUCGGCGGCAGCCUCGCCUACACCUCCUUCUACUCGCAGCAUGACCCCUGUCAACCCACUUGUUGAGGGCAUCAAGAAUGAAGCUGACAGCCGCCCUCAGACGCCGACUGUAGUUGGCCUCGACAAAGAUGAGAGGGAGGACUUCUUACGGAGAGAGAAUGAGCUCAGCGAUCAGUUGGCUGAGAGGGAGAGCGCUUUGACUGGCGCCGACAAGCUUGUCAAGGAGCUCCGGGAGGAAUUGACUUUCCUCAAGGAGCAAGAGACUUCUUUGUCAAACGAGAACAAAUUAAUGUCUGCUAACCUCAACGAGCUCCGUCUUCAAGUUGAACGUCUUGACUAUGACAACAAGGAGAGCAGCAUUACCAUCGACAUCCUGAAGGAGCAGAACCAGGAUGGCAAGAAUGAGCUCGACGAGCUUAAGAGGGUUAUCACUGAGCUUCGCACCUCUCAGAAGGAUGCUUCUGCCGAAGACAAGGAAAGGCGCAAGCAGGAGAAGAUGGCUUUGAUGAUGGCUAAGUUUGACGCUCAAGGCGCAUUCUCUGAGAAAGACGAACAGCUUCGUCAGCUGCUGGCCAAGCUUGAUGCCAUUGACUCCCAGGACGCUGUGGCAAACCUCAGCGUGGACGACGUGGUAGCUGCUCGCCGCUCGCUUACCGAGAACCAGUCAUUAGUCCGCGAGACCGUUGAUCGUUUGCAACAGAGUCAGGAAGAGGCUGAGAUGAUUGCCCGCCGGCGUGACGAACUUGAGACUCGCCUCAAUUCUUUGGAAGCUGAGUACGAGGAGCUGCUAGCAGAGAAGACUAUUCACGACGAGGAAACGAGCAAUGUUGACGCCGGUGACACGAUGGCUGAGUUCAAGAGCAAACUUGAGACUCAAUAUGCGGCUAAGAGGGACGCCAGCAUUGCCGAAGUCGCAGACCUGAAGCAGCAGAUGGAGAUCAAGAGCAACGAGAUCCGCUCGCUAAAUGCCACGAUCGACAGCCUCAAAAGCGUGAACGAGGAACUCAAGCGCGCAUUUGCAGUGACGUCUGCCGGUAUUGAGGGCGGCAAGAACCUGGCCGAGAGCGCUCAGGAUCUCGAGCGGACACGCAAAGCCAUCAAUGUUCAAUUGGCCGAGUUUGAUGGAGUUAAGAAGAGCCUCAUGCGUGACUUGCAGAACCGAUGCGAGAAGGUCGUUGAGCUUGAGAUCCAAUUAGAUGAGAUUAAGGAGCAGUACAACAAUGUCAUUCGCAACAGCAACAGCAAGGCCCAGCAGAAGAAGAUGGCGUUCCUCGAACGUAAUCUAGAGCAGCUGACUCUUGUGCAGAAGCAGCUCGUGGACCAGAACUCUGCCUUGAAAAAGGAGGCCGGCAUUGCGGAGCGGAAGCUGCUUGCACGCAACGAGCGGAUACAGAACCUUGAGACACUCUUGCAAGAUGCUGACCGUCGUCUAGCCGUCCAGAAUCAGAAGUUUGAAGCCCAGUUGCAGUCGGUUAAAGACAGACUGGAUCAAGCACGAGCCCAGAAGGCGUCCACCACAACGUUGGGCUUUGGACGAAUUGCCAAACCCUUGCGAGGUGGAGGAGGGUCUGCGGCAGCUUCUGGUGUCAGUGGUGGCCCUGUAGCAGGAGGCGCCUCGUCGGCGAACCCAUUGGCCAGACUGCAGAACGAAGACGGAGGGUAA